CCAAUACCAUAUAGCGCCUAGGCUUACAGUUACCUCCCUAUCAUUUCACUAAGCAAUCAUCAGUCUGCAUCGCAAAUCGUGUUUUUUUGUGGAUUUAUCGAAUACAAUACAGUCUGCAAUUAACGUUUGUACGGUAGAAUCGAUCUAGUAGGCUAUGAGUAGGGGAGCUAGGCCUAUCUGUUCAUCAAAAUGACUGAACAUUUAAUUCGACAUCAUUUACCAUGCCUUCGCACCAUCCCAAACCAGUUGAGUGCGGAACACACAUCUGAAUGAAAGACUGAAUGAGAGUGGGCUUUGGCGGCCAUGGAUCCAUUCAGCCAGCUGAUCCUGGUCAUCGCAGUCGCCAGUUUCCUUUUCUUCCAGUGGCUCUUCCACCGUGCCAGCCCCUGGGUCUCCACACGCGUCAGCCCUGGCUUUCUACGCCUUGCAGAAAAGCAGAAGGUGGAAUGGAAUUCAAGGACGGUGUCCACACUCCAUGCAUUGGUGGUGGGACUCUUCUGCCUCUACAUCCUCUUGUUUGAUGACGCUGUCAAUGAAGACCCUGUCUGGGGAGAUCCCACACUUGUGAAGAUAAAUGUUGGCAUGACAACAGGCUACCUCAUAUCUGAUCUGCUACUAAUAUUUUACUAUUGGAAGGCGAUAGGAGACAAGUAUUUUGUACUGCACCACCUGGCAGCGUUGUAUGCUUACUACUAUGUACUGGGACAAGGAAUGUUGCCUUAUUUUGCUAACUUCCGUCUACUUGCAGAGUUCUCCACGCCAUGUGUGAAUCAGCGCUGGUUCUUUGAAGUGUUAGGUUACCCUAAGUCCUCCAGGCCCAACAUCGCUAAUGGGAUGGCCAUGGCCGUCGUCUUCUUCCUGGUUCGCAUCGCCAUCAUGCCGCUUUAUUACAGCCGAAUGUGGGCUGUAUACGGUACCGAUGCCUUCUACCGCGUCCCGCUGGGAGGCCGUGCUGCCUGGAUCAUUUCCAGCGUCUGUCUGGAUGUCAUGAACGUCAUGUGGAUGCACAAGAUUGCCCGCGGCUGCUACAAGGUCAUGCGCUCUGGCCGACGGCACAAAGUAGAGACACAGGAGAAUGGAAAGACAGACUAGGAAGUAAAAGGACUGUUGACGUAAUGGGUAAGGUGAUCCAGUCGAACCCCUGUCCCCUUUUUAAUGUUUUGCUGUCAAAUAACUAAACAAAAGCAAAGUCUUGCACUGACAACAUUUUAUGGUAGUGGGCGCAGGACAUUUCUGUGCCUCUUUUGAAGAUUUUGCUGGAUGUGGACAAAAAGACAGUAACAAGGGCAGUGAUGAGUUAAGCUGCCUUUUAGCAAUACGUCUACGCAUGCUAAAUUUUUUUCUCUGCAUUUCAUCACAAAACAGCAUGUCUGGGAUUAUGUCAAUUUUUCCAAAAAUAUUUUACAAAGUCAGAGUUUACUUCUUAUUCCAAACUCAAUUUGCUCCCCAAAAUUCCUUGACAUGCUUUGUUUUUUUUUUUUUCCUUUUGAUAUUCUGGUUGCUGAAUCCCAAGCAUUACAUAUUUUAAUUUUAAAUACACAGGAAUUAUUAUUGCCUGUUUUUAGAAACCUACCAACCCAACUAAAUUCAGAAAACUUGUCUAUAUUGAUACAUUUCAUCCCAAGACUCAUGAAGAGGAACAGGAUGCAACAUAUUCCCCUUGAAGCAUAAGGGUAUAAUUCAGAAGACUGGAUGGACAUGUAGUACAAAUAAACCUGUAGCUGAAAACUCUCAAUGAAUCACACUGAAACAAAGCCAAUGUUAAUUAAGAUCGAUAUAAACCUGGCUAAAGUGGCCCUCCCAUGGGUCACUCCAUCUUUGAAAGGUUCAAGUAGGUGAGGGGGAAAGUUAGAGAAGAGAUGCAUGAACCAAUUCCUCACAUUUGCCAAGCCAGGUUAGAGAUUGUUGAGUAUUGUUUAUUUUAAUAUGUAUGUUGGUAUUUUGUUUUAAUUAUAGAGGUGAAAGCAGUCAUUGCACUUUGCUUGUUACGCCAUAGGAUAUGUCACUCUGCUUGCAUGUCUGACCAAAAGGAUGUUGAAAAGGAAUUUUGAGAAUGUGUUAGUUACAGUAAUAGGGAAAAGCAGCAUGAGAGCUUCUUCACAGAUUUCUUAGGGGCAGAUAAAAGAAAUGUGAGCUUUUUGUCUUCAACAUUUCAAUAAUGUAUAAUUAUAACAUGCCAUUAUCACAACAUGUACAGUUUAUUAUUAUUUUUUUUCUCUUUCUGUUUUUACAAACACACUGUCAAAACCAAGAUAUAUGUACAGUCAUCUGGUGCAUGCUGCAGUCCAUAUAAUGUCUGGGUAUCAAAUCAAUAUAGAAUUUGAGUUUACUGUGUGUUUAGAAGAGGGGUCAUUGACACAAUGUUAUUGAUUUAGUAUGGCUCAUCUGAGUUGACCAAUAGCUACCAAAACCCACCUUGGUGUAAGAAAUUUCUGACCUUCAUCAAAUAUAAUUUAUUAUUAACAGUUAUGUAACAGAGCAGCACGUCAAUGUUUGUACUAAUAUAUUUAUUCUUUAAGGAGACAUAUAAUUCAUAAGCAUAAGAGUUUCAUGAUGCAUCUUCAGUAGGCUUUCAUAAUACAGUGACAUAGGCCUCCAUAAUGCCUUCUUUCUGAGCAGUUUAAUGUAAAGUGCACAACAUUAAAGACUAUUAAUUAACUUUGGAAAAGAGGGUAUCAUACUACACUUGUAUUUUACUGGAGGGAUGACUUAACACAGAUUAAGUGAGAAUAAAUAGGAACUAGCACUGUCCUCAUCAAAUGAAGUUACUUUUUCAGAAUUUUUUGAUUAAUGAACUUUGUACUUGCAUUUUGAACUUACUUUAUUGUCUAUGGUGGAUAAAAGGAAGCAUUUUAUAGUAUGUGAAUGAAAAUAGUGAACUCAAAACAUUUUUGGCCUUGGUCUUGUUCUGCAGUCUUAUCUGGCACUUGCCUUUUAUACAACAAAGAUCUUUUGUUACAGCUUUUCCAAUGCAAUGUCUAUAAUGUGUUUAUACUUUUUGUGUGAAUGUCCAUUUCAGUAGUCCACUUCACUGUGAUUAGUUUAUCUUGUAUGUUCACUUGGAAAUAGUCACUGAAAUGUGUGCCCCCCGUAGCCUAUAGAGCGCUGUUAACUGUAGCCUAUAGAGCGCUGUUAACCGUAGCCUAUAGAGCGCUGUUAACCGUAGCCUAUAGAGCGCUGUUAACCGUAGCCUAUAGAGCGCUGUUAACCGUAGCCUAUAGAGCGCUGUUAACCGUAGCUUAUAGAGCGCUGUUAACCGUAGCCCAUAGAGCACUGUUAAUCAUUGUCUAUAGAGCAUUGUUAACCAAAGCUCAAUAAAUAACAAACCUUGACCUUGUUAUAUUAUAGUAUCCAUAUCAACUAUCCUGACUGAUUUGAAAGGAUGGGUGAUAAUGUGAUCCUGGGGUUUAUUGAAUAGAACCUGUUUAUUUUGCAUAGUGGUUGAGAACAUCAGCACUCAGUUCCGUUUUUGUUGUAGUUGCAUGGUCAUGCAUGAUCAUGCUUCUCUCCUUACACGCCCUCUAUAAUUGCAUGCCGUAUUGCAUGGAGAUAGCACUGUCAACAAAAAGCAAUUUUUAAAAGCAAAACUGUAUAUUAUUUUUUUAAAUCCUGGAUAUGUACAUGAUGUCAUUAUUAGGUAGCCUACUUCUUUCAUUAUGUAGUCCAGUGAGGAUGAUGCAGGUGUUGCCUUGUAUUUCAAUAGUCUGAAUUUUAUUUUUAUGUAGACACUCUAAAAAAAAAAUCUGUGUUUUAAUAGAUUUCACCUGAGUUUUAA